CGCUCUCCCUAUAGGACUAGGUACGCGAUGAGAAUUCAUGAAAUUUACUCUCCUCGACCUCAGUCACAGAACUGUUGCAAGGGACUAUCUUCAAGAUGGGAAACUACAAGGGUCCGGUGACCUCUUUUAAGAAGAUCUCCAAGCUCGUCAUCACGGCCCUUCUUUCUCAUGGAAACACCAUCCAAGACUACCGUCUCAUGAAUACGGCCAAUGUCAACCGCAUUGACCGCUUCCACAAUGGCGCCAAGUAUCCCAUAGGCAUCGGCUCCAACCUGAGCAGCUCUGCUGAUGACUACCAGACUGUCUUCAGCGGCUGGGAGGUGAACAGCGCCUUGAAGGGUCUCGCAAAUGAGUACGGCGUCCAGCUCACUCCAGCCCCCUUCGAAACCUAUUGGAACCAAAAGUCCACCGUCGCCGUCCUCCCCGUCCCUGACGGUGUCAGCCGCGUUGAGCGCAAGAACUAUCGCGUUUACCUCACCGCCGGCGUUCAGGCCCGCGAGCGCGGCGGCCCAGAUAGCCUCCUCUACUUCAUCUCUGACCUCCUCUGGGCCGACAAGCACCAAGCACUGCUCGUUUAUAACACAACCACCGUCUUUACCACAGCCCAAGUUCGCUUAGUACUUUCCCUCGGAAUCAUUGUUUUCCCCCUCGUCAACCCGGACGGUAAACUCUGGGACGAGCGCUGGAACAACUGUUGGGGCGAUAACAUCAACCCGGCCUCAAGCCCCUCGAAGAAGAGCAUCGACGGCCUCGGUGUGAAUAUUGAUCGCAACUUCAACUUCACCUGGGACUACCGCAAGAUCUACAGCCAACAGGCCCUCGACGUAGCAUCUGACAAGCCCGGGCACGAGCUCUUCCACGGCACCGCACCCUUCUCCGAAGUCGAAUCGCGGAACAUGGCCUGGGUCAUUCAUCAGUACCCGUCCAUCAAGUGGUAUCUCGACACUCGCACAAAGAACCGCAUCGUGAGCCACGCGUGGUCGGAUACCCCGAUCCAGACCACCAACCCCGAGAUGAACUUCCGCAACCAGAGCUACGAUGGGAAGCGCGGUGACAUGGCCACGAAGUAUGGCGAGUACAUGAUACCUAAAGACCACGAUAUUUACAAGGAUAUCUCGAACAACAUGGCCGAGCAGAUGGCACAUGUUUCCGGCGAGCCUUUCUACAGUAUCGACAAGCUCCGUAAGAAAGGACGGAUGUUCCAAGGCUCUUCUGGGACUGCUGUCGACUGGGCAUAUAGCAGACACGUUGUGAACGAUGCGGCAACCAAGAUUAUGAGCUUCAAGGUCAAGUUUGGAGCGACGGAGCAGGAGGCGGCUGAGAUUGGGCAGAAGGGCGGGUGCCAGUACUACCCGUCGCGCAAGAUCUACAAAAGGGGAAUCACGGAGAGUGCUGUGGGAUACAUGACCUUCCUCCUCAACGUCGCCAAAUAUGAAAAGAUGAAGGACCCGUGGCCUUAGAGGCUGAACAAUACAAUCCGGGCAAUGUGGAACACGGGUAUCAAAUAUCCAUCACCCUCACUACAUUCCGUGGCUCCUGGGUGAUCACUUUGUCUAUCCUAUUACCUCUAUGUAGUUCUUCAUGU